AUGGGCGAGCUAACUAUGGCCAACGAGGCUAAUAUCAACGAGCUUCGAAAUCGUCGUGAUUCACGUCAGGUUGAGAUCACCGGACCAGAUGGCCAACAUAAGAGGAUCGCUGUCGCAGAUAUGACUGAAGCCGAUAAUGAGCUUGCGGUGAAGUUUGGUUACAACCCGGUAUUCAAACGUGAGUUUGGAUACCUGGCAACUUUCUCAUUUGCAGUCAGUAUCAGUGGUGUGUUCGCAACUAUCAUGACCACUUUGUCCUAUCCCUUGGAAGCGGGUGGCAGCAGUUCAGUGGUCUGGUCUUGGGCUAUCUCUGGUGCUGGCUGUAUGUGCAUCGCGUGCUCUGUCGCUGAAUUGGUUUCUGCGUACCCCACCUCUGGUGGAUUAUACUUCACGAUCUCUCGUAUGGCGCCUUCUAAAUGGGUUCCCUCUAUCAGUUGGCUUACUGGUUGGCUCAAUCUCUUGGGUCAAGUCGCCGGUGUCGCUUCAUCUGAGUAUGGUGCCGCCCAAAUGCUUUUGGCUGCUGUAUCUAUGAGUCGGGACUUUAACUACACCAUCACCACCGAUACUACUGUCGGAGUUAUGGCUGCUUUGACUGUUCUUACUGGUGUUGUCAACUCCUUGUCAACUUACUGGAUGGAGAAAAUGACCAAGUUCUACGUGAUCUUCCACAUUGCGGUGCUUGUGGCAUGUGCUAUCGCCCUGCUGGUGUUGACCAAGGACAAACAUGAUGCGAACUAUGUCUUCACUAAUGUGGAAUCUAGCACUGGUUGGACCCCCAUCGGCUUCAGCUGGCUCUUUGGUUUCCUUUCUGUCAGUUGGACCAUGACUGACUACGAUGCGACUGCCCAUAUCACCGAAGAGAUGAGCGAGCCCGAGAAGAAGGCUCCCUGGGCUAUCUCUAUGGCUAUGCUUUUCACUUACGUUGCUGGCUUUUUGUUCAACAUCGUUCUUUGCUUCUGCAUGGGUGACCCAACUUCCAUUCUCAGUUCCGCGAUGGAACAGCCCGUUGCUCAGAUUUUCUACAACAGCCUUGGUAAGGGUGGUGGCAUGUUCUUCACCAUUGCGGGUCUUCUUAUCAUCAAGUUUGUCACAUUCACUGCUAUGCAGUCCCUUGGUCGUACUGUCUUCGCCUUUUCCCGAGACCGUAUGCUGCCAUUCUCCAAUGUUUGGACCAAGGUUUCACCCUGGACUGGAACACCUUUGUACGCCGUCUGGAUUUCCGUUUUCUUCUGCAUCGCGAUCAACCUGAUUGGUCUCGGUUCUUACACUGCCAUUGAUGGUAUCUUCACUCUAUGCUCCAUUGCCUUGGACUGGAGUUACUGCAUUCCCAUUCUCUGCAAGUUAUUUUUCGGAAACUUUCAGCCUGGCCCCUGGCACAUGGGACCUCUGAGUCCCUUCGUCAACGCUUGGGCUUGCUUGUGGACAUUGUUUGUCAGCGUUAUCUUCGUCUUGCCAACUGAUCGUCCGGUUACACCUGAGAACAUGAACUACUCAUCUGUUUAUGUCGCAGCAGUCUUGCUCUUCUCGUUGGUAUACUGGUACCUCCGUGGCAAGGCUGUAUACACCGGUCCAGUUACCGAGGCCGUGGCUGAUGACCUCUCCGAGGAUGGUGUACUCGUUGAGGACAAGAAGAAGGAUCACGGUCCGUCUGUCUAA